AUGAAGGCUGACGACAUCGAGACUGCUGCUUCCGAGAACAUGUUUGCGCGUUUCAAGAAACUUGAGCGUAUCCAUAUCGGCAACAACACACCAGGAUGGCGUUGGUGUCAGUCUUCGUCUUGUGAUGAGGGACAAGUGCAUGGGGAGACGCCAGAUGAAGAUGAAAGCAAAACAGCCAAAGAAGAACCAGAUACAACGGACAUUUGUAUAUGUCGAUGA